AUGCCCGGGCGGGCUCUCAGAUGUAACCCCCGUUCCCUCUGGUUUAUUGGGGUCCCUGGCCCCGUGUGGGUGGAUUUUGGGAUUGGGGAAUUCCCGGUUGGGCUCUCAGGGUGUCUCUCCGCGCGUAGAUUCGAUGUGACAGAGUCCGUGCUCUGCACUGUGGCCAUCCAGCUGCUCUCGGGAAUUCUGGGACCCUGGGUCUGGAAUUACACGAUUCCAAUCCUGAACAUCCAGGUGAAAAUAUUCCCAGCUCUCUGUACUGUGGCAGGAACCAUCUUCUCCUGCACCAACUACUUUGGAGUGAUCUUCACAGGGGGAGUUGGCAAAAAUGGCUCCACCAUAGCAGGCACCAGCGUGCUGUCGCCCUUCCUGCACAUCGGCUCGGUGAUCGCCCUGGCUGCCAUGAUCUACAAGAAAUCUGCCGUGCAGCUCUUCGAGAGGCACCCCUGCCUUUACAUCCUCACCUUCGGCUUCGUCUCGGCCAAAAUCACCAACAAGCUGGUGGUUGCACACAUGACCAAGAGUGAGAUGCACUUCUAUGACACAGCUUUCAUUGGCCCAGCCCUGCUCUUCCUGGACCAGUAUUUCAACAGCUUCAUUGACGAGUACAUCGUGCUCUGGAUUGCCCUGGUGCUGUCCCUGCUGGAUUUGCUCCGGUACUGCGUCAGCGUCUGCUCCCAGAUCGCCGCCCACCUCCGCAUCCACGUGUUCCGCAUCCAGGGCUGCGCCUCCCACUCCAACCACCACUAGGAGACCGGGAAUCUCCGGGAAAACCAGGAAAGGGUUGCUUUGCUACACGACCAGGUGGCGCAGGAGACUCGAGGCACAGCGACGAGAACCAAGUAAUUUAUACUCAUAAUCAAUGUUGUCUAA